AGUCCAACGGUUGUACGCAACAUCCGUUCCCUCACGCUACUAAAAUCACCAACAUCACCAAGUAAUUAACCAAAUAUUCAAUCAGUUCAGUUGCGCGAGUUUUUUUUUUAAUCAGUUGACAGUGUGAAUGUUCGUUUUCGUUUUCUCUCUCCGUUUGUCAAACUGCAAACAAUUGUGAGGGGCAAGUUUAUGGGAUGAAUAGUUUUUGAGUUUCAAGUUAUCCAACGUGUUUUAAGAUUGGCUACAGUGUUUUUGUAUUUUUUUGUUUGUUACAAGUGCUUUGGAUUUUUUUUUGCUGAAGCUGGACGAUUCUCAUCAGUCGAACUGGUGAUGCCUACGCACAUUCCGAACUCCUCAUCAAGCCGAGCGAAGUAGCACCUCCAUCAAUGUAAGCCACACCAAAAGAAGAAGGCAAACCUCAAUAACCCCCCCAGCCACAUAAACUUUAAUUCCACAAUCAAUAAUCCCCAUUGCCUCCACCUUAGGUGGUACCGUGGAUAAAAAAAAAAAGAAUUUGGCAAUUAAAGUUCUCGCGAGAACAAGUGAUACGUACCCUGUAAAUAGGGUACGUUUAUAAAAUCGGACAUUGAACAGCAUCAAGAUAAAGUCACCGGCCUUGCCCCAACGGGAUGAGCAGGAUCGGGUACUGGGGUUAGUGGUGGACACCGGUGUAGGCGAGGCAGGGCCUACCGGCCGAGAAGGGGGCCCCGUGCUUGGCCCCCCAACGGGCCAGUCACAUGCUGUAGAAUCAUCAGUAUCACCGGCAUACGUUGCCAAUGCUCUUGCCCUGGCUUGCAGUUUACCCAAUCAUCUCAAAGACAACAAACAACCAGUAUUGACCAUAAGUGUUAAUCCACGAAUUAUCGAUACACUCGAUCAUCAAUCAAAUAAUCAAGCGAUCAAUCGUAUUGGCAGUGAGCAGAACCUAGAAUCAGUGAUAAAUUGCACCCGUGACCAACAAUUUAACGGACAAUUCGGUGUUUGCACCAGAGUGAUCAUUCCAUCCCAGAAUAUUGUUCGUGUUACCAACGUCAGUGUCAACAAACGCUCUCGUAAAUUCGUAGAAAUACUCGAGGGAUCCAACGAGAAGGUCAAGAGUAUAAACGAGAAGCUACUCGGUAUGGCACGUGCCAUGACACCAACGUGGUCGAUGCGCCUGUUAGGCGUCAGUUGUGGUUCGGUGGUUUGCGCCUGGGGAUUGCUACUUGUACUCUCUGUACUUGGUGGUGCUUCGCACAGCACUGAUUUGGGGGGUUUUGGCUUUGAUAAUGCUGGUACCAUGGAGGAUCUCAAUGGAGGCAGAUGCCCGUGGGCGUGCUCCUGCAAGGGACAGGAGCUCAACUGCUCGGAGAGAGGACUCACGCAGGUGCCAGGGGAUCUCACUGUGCUCGCCGAAAAACUGCACCUGGAGGGCAACAACAUCUCCGUAAUCUUUAAAACAGAUUUCGAGGACAUGGCGACACUUAAUCUUCUUCAGUUGUCAAACAAUCAGAUCCACACGAUCGAGAGGGGUGCAUUCAAAGAUUUGGUAGCUGUGGAGAAACUGAAGCUGAACAACAAUCAGAUUCGAUACCUGCCAGACACCCUCUUCACCAACAUGAUGAAUCUACGGAAAUUAGAUCUGAAUCACAAUCAAAUAGCGAUGAUUGGACCGAAAACACUUCGUGGGGUUUCGGCGCUGAAACAUCUAUUACUCGACAAUAACGUUCUCACAUGUAUUGACGAGGGUGCAAUUAGAGAAUUGAAGGAUUUGGAGAUUCUGACGUUGAACAACAACAAAUUGAUAACCCUAGGCAAGGAGAUGCUGUUCGGUUUAUCUCGUUUACGUACACUCAAAUUAUCCGACAACUUUCUGGCCUGCGACUGUCACCUCGCCUGGUUGUCGAGGCACCUCAAGAGCAUGCCACGACUUGGCCAGCAUACCAAAUGCGCAUCACCGGCUCACCUCAAAGGACAAGAGCUUGCCAAUUUACAGGAGCACGAAUUCAAAUGUUCAGGGCCUGUUGAACGGUCUGGUUCAGAGUGCACAGCUGAGCCACAGUGUCCUCAUCCGUGCAGAUGUGCCAAUGGAAUUGUUCAUUGUCGAGAAACUUCCUUAGAGAAAGUGCCCACUCAUUUGCCCGAAGACACCACUGAAUUACGAUUGGAGCAAAAUUCCAUCACUGAAAUACCACCCAAGGCGUUUUCUCCUUACAGAAAAUUGGUCAGAAUUGAUUUGAGCAACAAUAAAAUAAAAAAAGUGGCUGCAGACGCAUUUCACGGAUUAAAAUCCCUCGAAUCUCUUGUUCUCUACGGAAAUAAAAUAACCGAGCUACCCGGUGGCGUAUUCCAGGGCUUAACUAGUUUGCAGUUGCUUCUGCUGAAUGCUAAUGACAUAUCCUGCAUACGUACCGAUCUAUUUCGUGAUCUGACUAGUCUGACUCUGCUAUCACUGUAUGACAAUAAUAUCAAGUCUUUGGCCAAUGGAACUUUCUCUAAUUUACGAAAUAUUCAGACAUUGCAUUUAGCGAAGAAUCCGUUUAUCUGCGACUGCAACUUGCGUUGGUUGUCUCUGUACCUUCAUGAACACCCAAUCGAGACAUCUGGACCAAAAUGCGAAUCACCAAAACGCGCUGCCAAGAGGAAGAUUGAAGUGAUGCGGGACGAAAAGUUCAAAUGUAAGGGCGAUGAAAAAUUGCUGACAAAAAGGGCUGGAGAGUGCAUACUCCCAGGUGCCUGUCCUUCACCAUGCAUUUGUAAUGGAGCUACUGUGGAUUGUUCAGACAAAAAACUUACAUCAAUCCCUCGGGAACUUCCGGUUUACACAUCAACAUUAUUACUCGGCAACAACGAAAUCGAAAAAAUUAAAGCAGAUAAUCUCUUCGAGCGAUUACCCGAUCUCCAGCAUCUCGAUCUGCGAAGAAAUAAAAUCACUCGGAUCGAGGCAUCAGCCUUCAAAGGUGGCCACAAGCUCACCGAACUUCUUCUGUCCGAUAAUAAACUCAGAGAGGUGCACAAUAAAAUGUUCACUGGCCUAACUAACUUGAAAACACUCAACUUGACGGGAAAUUCCAUCACCUGCGUAAUGCCUGAAUCUUUCGAGGGACUAGCUCAUAUUCGAAACAUUGACAUGCAGGGAAAUCCGCUAUCAUGCAACUGUCAUCUUGCUUGGUUCGCUGAAUGGUUGAGGACUCGUGAUAUGCCAGGCACCAUAGGGAGAUGCCAUGAUCCUCCAAGACUGAAGGACGCCCACGUCAAAGACAUUCCGAGGCACGAGUUCAAGUGCAACAGUGAUAGUGUUGGGUGUCUCGGGGAUGAUUAUUGCCCACCGAGGUGUCACUGCGCUGGUUCUGUUGUCAGUUGCUCAAGAUCCCGUCUAACUGAAAUACCUCGGGGUAUACCCCCAGAGACUACUGAGCUCUAUCUAGACGUCAAUGAUAUAAAAACAAUUCAGCCCGAGAGACUUAGCCACCUGAGAAUGCUUACUAGAUUGGAUCUGAGUAAUAAUCAAAUAGGAAUGCUGGCCAACGACACGUUCAGGAAUUUAACAAAAUUAUCGCACUUAAUUAUCAGUUAUAAUAAGCUUCAAUGUGUGCAACGACACUCAUUGUCAGGAUUGAAAUCCUUAAGAAUAAUUUCUCUCCAUGGAAAUGAUAUAUCGGUAAUUCCUGAAGGGACAUUCGACGAUUUGGAGUCGAUAACACACCUAGCUAUAGGUUCGAAUCCAUUUUACUGCGACUGUCACAUGCGGUGGCUGGCAGAGUGGGUGAAAAAAGACCUGGACAUUGAGCCUGGCAUUGCCAGGUGUAUGGAGCCUUCCACUAUGAAGGAUAAAUUAUUAUUAAGCGCUCCAGCUAGCGCCUUCCAAUGCAAAACCAAACAACAGCCUGCCGAGGUCUUGGCAAAAUGCGAUGUGUGCUACACAUACCCAUGCCAAAACGGAGGAUUAUGCGAGACAUUACCGGACUGGAAGUUCAAUUGCAAGUGCACGCCAGGAUAUCACGGGGACAGGUGUCAGCAUAAAAUUGACGCGUGCUAUGGAAAUCCUUGCAGGAACGCCGGAACUUGCAAAGUAUUGGAGGAAGGAAGAUUCAGUUGCGACUGCGCCCCCGGUUACGAGGGUUUCCGAUGUGAAAACAAUGUCAACGACUGCGAGAACAACAAGUGCGCAAACAACGCAACCUGUGUGGACCUCGUACAGGCCUACAGAUGCGACUGUACACCGGGAUACAUGGGAGAAUACUGUGAAGAGAAAAUACCCUUUUGCUCAAAAGGACAUGAUCCAUGUGAGAACGGAGGAAGGUGCGUCGACCACAGGACCCACUACAGCUGCGAGUGCCCGAUCGGCUUCACUGGCCUUAAUUGUUCCACAAACUUGGAUGACUGUGUUAAUCAUCUGUGCCAGAACGGUGCUACUUGCAUCGAUGGCAUAAACAAUUACGAAUGCAAAUGCCCGGCGGAUUAUACAGGAAGAUACUGUGAAGCAGCCCCAUCGACAGCCAUGCUCUAUCCACAAACGAGUCCAUGUGCACAUCAUGAUUGUCAGCAUGGCGCCUGCUUCCAGCCUUCCUCUGAUUCCGCCGCGGGUUAUCUCUGCCAGUGCCAUCCCGGUUAUACUGGAAAACGAUGCGAGUACCUGACGAGCCUGAGCUUCGUGGAUAACAGCUCGCUGGUCGAGCUUGAGCCGCUUCGUACGAAGCCCGAGGCUAAUGUGACCAUCGUCUUCACAACCACUCACGAAAAUGGUGUUAUACUGUACAAUGGAAUGGACCAAAGUGGUGAACAUAUUGCUAUCGAACUGUUCAAUGGUCGUGUACGGGUUUCUUAUGACGUUGGAAAUUAUCCUACCUCGACGAUGUACAGCUACGAGAUGGUGUCGGAUGGCAAGCCCCACAUGGCUGAACUCAUUGCUGUUAAGAAGAACUUCACGUUGAGGGUGGAUAGGGGACCUGCCAGGAGUAUUAUUAAUGAGGGCACCAGGGAGUACUUGAAGCUCAAUUCGCCCAUGUUCGUUGGUGGCAUCACGUCUGAUGUUGCUAGUGUUGCAUUCUCACAAUUUCAUUUGAGAAAUGUCACCAGUUUCCAAGGAUGCAUUUCAGGAAUGUGGAUAAAUCACAAAAUGGUGGAUUUUAGCAAUGCAGCGAAGAUGCAUCGAGUGACACCAGGAUGUGUUGCUAACGACGAAGAGGCUGACGAGGCUGAAAAAGAACCGGUAACACCAUCAUCACUCAAAGAGGACAACCUUGACGACUCUCUUCAGCACGAGCACGUUGUGCAUGAUCAUUCUGAAAUUGUGGCGCUGCCAGGCUCGAGUAUGGUCGAUCCCUGCACUGGACACGAAUGUCGCAAAGGAUCUCAAUGUGUGCCAGCACCUUUUGGCAAUGGAUACACAUGUCGUUGCCAGAUUGGGUGGCAGGGGAGAUACUGCGAGAAAGCGCCAACAUGUAGAAAGGAACAUACACGAGAGUAUUACAGCGAGAAUGGAUGUCGCAGUCGACGACCAGUAAAACUCGCUAAAUGCUGGGGAAGCUGUGCCAAUUCUUGUUGCCUUCCACGCAAAACCAAACGUCGCAAGGUUCGUCUAAUUUGUAAUGAUGGAAGACGCUACACGAAGGAUGUGGAUUUAAUUCGCAAGUGCACCUGCACUCGCAAAUGUUACUAAAAAUCCAAAAAAACAAUAAAAACGAAGAUACAGCCGCACAACUGCCCAACUCCCCAACUGCCUACACCCGGCAUUUCAGCUGAAGUCAACGAAAAAAGUACCGAGUAAAAACCCCAUUUUAUAAAUUCAUACGUCAAGAAGAAACGAAGAAUAACUGGUAAUUAAUUGAGUGAGUGGACGCAGUGCGGGCGAAAAAUGAUGGACACACACAGCCGGCUCAGUGUGAUAUGUAUUAUUAAGAAUUAAUAAUUAAACAUAGUUAUAAAUAAUCGGUAUUCGAGUAUCUAUAUGCAUAUUGGAAUAUUUGUAUGAGAUAAACCAAUUUUUUUAGGAUAAAAAAUUGUAAAUUCGUGGGUAUCCAUAUUCUUUUCUAAUGCAAGCAUGGGUACGAGCGUUUUCAGUACGACGAGGUAAGGCUAUUAAUUAGAAUGCAUUUGUGAGGAUGCGACCUCCAACUAAAUUGUUAUUGAAUAAUUUCUCUAGUGACGUACUGAAAACAGAUGAGGCACAAAAUUAUUGGAAUUAUUCCAUCCACAUCUCUGAAGCUAAUCCAGCCAAUGGAAAAUGUCGGAAUACAUUAUUUGUAGAAAUUUGUAUUAACUACAAAAACAAGUGUUCUCACAUUUUUCCUGAAUUUUUCCAAAUUCCAGAAAUCAAAGUAGAAUUUUGCGCUCCACAGAUUUUUCUGUAAUUUACUGUGGUGAUCGGCCUCAUGUAUUGAACUUGUCGGUUUUCAAUGCUGCACUAUUGAUUUUAAUUGAAGUUCACCUGUUGUUUUAAACACAUUUGAACGCUUUAUGUAUGAAAAUCCACUUGAUUAAUGAAUUAAGUGACAUCGCUCUCCUGCCUUGGAAUUGAAAAAGUUAAGGUGCGAUGAUGCGAGAUGUAUUUUUAGGCAGUGGAUGACUGAGUUAUUGAUUAACCAUCCAAUAAAGUCGAGAAGAAUCAACGGAAAAGAUAAAAAAUAUCGACAAAUUUACUUGGAACAUUCGCUUACUGAGCAAAAAUUGAAUAUUGAACCUGCUUUUCUUACCGGCUUGUUCAUUGGCUAAUUAUCUCAUAUUCACCACUGCCAGUAUUUACCCCUUAUUUAUUUACCAUUAACAAUGGUUUAUUUUAGUAAUUGAAUAAAAUUUUAACGCUGACAAAAAAUUCUAUUUACCCACAAAUUAUAUUUUUCUUUAGCAAAAAAAAACGUCUUUAAAAUUCGCUCCUUUUUAUAUAUAAACGAAAAAAUAAAAAAUUGAUACAUCUAUUUACUUAAAAAAAUGGAAAAAAAAUAUUGAAAGUAAAUUAAACUGAAAUUGUAUUUAAAUACUCUUAUUAUAAUUAUUUUAAUUUACACAGACACAGAACAGAAAGAAACAGUAGAUGUAUCAUACUCGUAAUUUAUUAACCAAGUUCUAUUUUUAUUGUAAAAUAUUCUUUUUCCACGGUAUUAUAGCUUAAGGUAUUUUACAUUCAAUUAUUAUUUUGUAUGACCGAUAUUUUUACAAUUAUCGAUGUUUUAAUGGUCUUAUUUAAUUAUGUUCACACAGCUGGCUACACGAAAAUCAUGAUUACAUUGUUCGUACGGAGUUACUGUUAUUUCUGUCAUUUACAACAUUAAAAAAAAAACCCGACCCGACCAAUUGAACAAAUGAACGAGACGUUAAAGAUGAACGUAUCUAAUAAAUUAAACGAAUUAAUUGCCGAAAGAGGGAAUGAGGCGAAAAAAUGAAGGAUACGUCUUUGUGGACAAUAAUACUAAUGGAACUGGGAAUAGGUGUCUAAGUUAACGGAUGAACAAAAUAAUGAACAAAAUGAAUAAUGCCAUCAAAGGAUUGUGCUUCCUUCGGACUCCUACGUAACUAAUAAUACUUAUUCGCAAUCGAAUUUCACUGUAAAUGUUUCAUUUUUGUAUAAAAAAAAGGAAGAAAAUCUGCGAAGAAGGGGUGACAGGAGAUGAAUUGGAAAUAGAUUUUCAGCUUCAGUUGAAUAAAUAGUAGGUUGAGGAAAAACGCAAAUUUAGAUGAUUGAUGAAUUAUUUUACUAAAAUGAAACUAAACAAAUGUAUUAAUCGCACGAUAAAAUCAGAUCUCGUGGUUACAAAAAUUUUUGCUAAAUAAUUUAUAAGACUUAUUGUUUAUUCAUCUUUUUUGCCCCUUUCCUGCAGAAUUGGGAAAAACACUUGCUGAUAAGAAAUUUUCUAUUCGCUAUGUCAUUUCAAUCGCUGAAAGAGCAAACAACAAGUUAAUGAAAUUUAUGAGCAUUAGAAAUAGGCGUGAACGAUUGUGCAAAUGUAGGGGUAAUAAAACAAUUGAAAGUGAAUGAAAGUACGGAGCUUCAAUGGUUUUACUACGAAACAUUCGAUGGUAGUAUACAGUCGCAAGAGCAAUGAUACGAAAUCCCGAAGAAACAGCAAAGGAAUGCAAAAUAACAGGAAAUAUGUGUAUUUGAAUCACAACGCACGUUUUACCAAAUAAACAAUGGAAUACUGCAUGCAUAGGAAUUUACCCAAUAGUAAUCCUACGAUUAAACAAAACGUUCUAGGUAAAAAAAAACACUAGCGUAAACAAUAAAAUGAACAAAAAUAAAAACGAAAUGUCUAUGUUUAUAUAAUGU